AUGACCCAAGCAAAAAAAACGAGAGAACGACUCUCUCGAAGUCGCAAGAAAGAGAGAAAGAGAAAAGGUUAUCGGACGACAGAAAGCGACUUCUUUUUCAUCCGCCCUCCCCCCAAUCUUUCUGCCCUUUACACAACAUCAAACCAAUCCCAAAAGGGACCACUCAAGCCCGCCACGCGCAGCCGUCCUAACCUUAAAAGGAGGUGGAAAAGGGUCCAAGAAAUCUGCCGAUACGGCGCAAGCCACCAAAAAACGCACCCCGUUUGUCGCCCUUGGCAUGCAACUUGUCAAUACCAAUACCCAAAACAGCGGGUACACCUCCUUCGCGAUAGCGGGCUAGAACAACAUUUCGUUGCAUCUUUUCCCUUAUUUAGGGAGAGGAGGCUUUAUUCGCAUUCGUGCACAGAGAAAAACAAGGAUAUGAACCUUCAAAAGGAAGAAUAG